AAUGUACGGGAGGAAACAACAAAAGAAAAGGUUGGAAGGAGCAUUGAUUGUAUCGCUCUGUAUUGUAACAGUUAAGACAAUCCCAAGAAAGGUGACUCAACGCGAUGCUUGAUGACUUCGGAAACGCUAGCGAAGUCGCCAUCUUUUGGGACUACGAGAACGUUCCCGUACCAUCUUGGUGUAAAGUGGCUUCAGAAGCUUCCAAGGCAAUUGUUAACUCGGUUUCGGAACAAGGUCGAAUAGUGGAUCGGCGGCUGUAUUUUGAUUUUUCAAAUCAAGAGCAAGGCAACAGAUGGAGCGGGCUAGAUUCCAGUGGGUUUGAUCUCGUGAAUACGCCGCAGCGAAACCAGAAGGAGACGCUCGAUAAGAAAAUGAUUGCUGAUGUCUUGCUCUUUUGCUGGGAUAGUGCGACGCGAAACCAGGGCACGAACAAAGGAUCAUGCGUUGUUCUGGUCACGAGCGAUGGAGAUUAUGCUUAUACAUUGAAUAAGCUUCGUGAUCGAGGGGUUUCCAGCGUAGUGAUCUACGGCCACGGUAAUGUGGCUGAUAUUUUGAUCAGCAGCGCAGAUGUUGCUCUUAGCCUAAAGCAUGAUGUUCUCAAGCAUCUUAGACCACCGUUGGCGCUACCAAAUGGUCGCCCCAAAAAUGUCCAAGACAAAACCGUUUCAAGAAAUCCGCAUUUGAAGAUUGUGAACGGAAAGCCUGCUUACCAUCUAGACUCCAGGGUUGUGCCAAGAAAACCAACGCAGCAAUCUGAAAGCCAGGCAUCAAAGCGAACCUUCGAUUGCAACGACAAAUCCACCACACAUUGCUCUGGAUCGAACUUGAAAACAGGCAUGACAUCAGCAAACGAUGCAGGAGCAGCAAAUAAGCAUCCAAACAUCAAAUAUGUGGCCAGCCCGGCAAAAUUUACAAUGCAGCGGGACGCUAUACUUUUGUGCCAGUCAUUGGCUGAUUUGGCAGUGAGCACAGCCAUAGCUCCAGAGCAACAAUGGGUAUCUGAAAGCCAAGCUGGACAGAGCUUCCAAAAAAUUCUAAAGAUCUGCAAGAAAGAAAAGGAUUCCGAUGGUGAUGUGACGCAAUGUUUUCAAAACGCAUAUUCCCUGGCCAUCUUGCUUGGCUGGAUCGAGGAGGGACGUCGUGGUUUAGGAGGCCAAAAUGGCUAUAUAGCAGCUACAUCAUCACCUAGUAGAGAGAAAGAAACGACUGAAACAUUUCUACGAUUGACUCCUUAUGGCAUAAAGGUUGCAAGCAAGCGUGCAUUAAUUCUUCCCGUGAAGACAACAACGCUUGUACCCUCUAAAGCCUAA